UUACUUAUAUUUAUGUUUUCUUCAUAUGUUCUUGUUUUACUUAUUCUGAUUCUGACUCUAAAGCAUUAUACUUUGUACUUGUAUUUGUGUUGCAGGAACUAUCCUCUACUGAUGGCUACAUGGAAGGUAGCCCCUGCAUUGGCUGCUGGUUGUACAGCUGUGCUGAAGCCAUCUGAACUGGCUUCUGUGACUUGCUUAGAGCUUGCUGAUAUCUGUAAAGAAGUCGGUCUCCCUUCUGGUGUCUUGAACAUUGUGACAAGAUUAGGUCCUGAUGCUGGCGCUCCUUUGUCAGCACACCCAGAUGUUGACAAGGUCGCUUUUACUGGGAGUUUUGAAACUGGCAAGAAAAUUAUGGCAUCGGCAGCUCCUAUGGUCAAGCCUGUUACACUGGAACUUGGUGGAAAAAGUCCUAUAGUAGUAUUUGAUGAUGUUGACAUUGACAAAGCUGUCGAGUGGACUCUGUUUGGGUGCUUUUGGACCAAUGGUCAGAUUUGCAGCGCGACAUCUCGUCUUCUUAUCCAUGUAAACUAUCUCUUAUUAAACCCAUGUCAUAGGUAUUACAAUUCAGCCUCAUGUUGCUUUUGGUUGAUCAAUAACAGUACGACAUGUAUUGUUACAUUGUAGAAUCUAUCUAGGCCU